AUGGCCUCUCCUGCAGCGACCGUCCAACAGGACGAUGUUGACUCCACUGACCCUCACCUCACGGACCCGACCUUGCUGAGGGAUCACUCAGAGUUCAAGUCCUAUACAACAAGUCGUUUCGAAUAUUCUGGAAUUCGAGUUUUCUACCGACAACAUGCCAAGGCAGACCAACUACCCAAAAAACCUGCUCCAUUACCACUAUUGGUGUUUCUGCAUGGCCUGGGCGGCUCUGUUGCCCAGUUUCAUCCUCUGUUAAGUAGUCUGGUGGAUGAGGCCCCUUGCAUGGCAAUCGACUACCCCGGUUGUGGCAGAUCUGAGUUCUCGGUCACCGAUUGGGAAGCCUACACGACGGAUGCUCUGGUAGAGCUUUUGGAAACAAUCAUUGAGGACUACCGAGACAAGGACGCAGGCCAGCGAGUGGUCCUGAUCGGCCAUAGCAUGGGGACAACUCUCGCUGCUAAGUUGGCCAACACGAAAGUCGAGCAUACAACUUCGCUAGCCGAGUACGUGGUAGGGUUGGUGGCUAUUUGCCCUGUGUCAAGCCCUCCUGAUGAAUCAAAGACAUGGUGGUUUAGGAGGGCACUUUGGACUCCGGGAUGGCUUUUUGAUUUGUGGCGAGCCUGGGAUGGCCGGGGAGGCCCCAACAGUGCCAGCGUCAGGCGCUUUGUUGGAAAGGAUGCCGACGAGGCUACCCGGAAACUCCAAUAUCGCUUUAACAAACAGAGUCGAACCCCAGUCUGGAGACGUAUGGCUAAUGGCGCCCUGCCAAUCUAUCACAAUGGCAGACCCAGAGGCGGUCUCCCGACCCUGGAGGUCUGGGCAGGAUUAAAUAUCCCCGUCUUUUUGAUAGGUGCUAAGGAGGACACUGUUGUUUCACCUGAGGAAGUCAAGAAGAUUGCUAACGCAUUGGACCCUGAGAAGACUCUGCCAGAGUCAGGGGCAGCAGAAGAGACACCUGAUGCUGUCGUCGACGCUGCUGCCCCCGUAAGUACUUCCACAAGACUACAGGACCAUGUGCCACAAGCCAUUGAAGACCUCAAUGAUGAUGACUUCACAAAGGUCAAGUCUCCUACGCUUCCUAGCUCAGAAGAGGACAGCCCCAAUGAUCCCUCAACCCCUCACGAGACUAUGACUGAACUGCCCGCGCAACCGAACCACCCCAAAAAGGUGGUAAAGACCAUCGUGAUGCCGCCACCGGCAACACACGCUGUCCUAUACACGCCCUGCUCAGUUCGUGCCGUCGCGGGUUUGAUUUCCGAUUUCCUUGCCACAAACGUUACUGGCAGACUUUCCCUGGCCUGGCAAUUACAAUACCUCUCCCGUGAGGGAAAAUGGGACGUCAAGAACCUCAACAAAUGGAAAUCUGUCAACCCCGUAUCCGAGCCGAUCGGACCUGCUGGAAAACCUGUUUUCCGGGCACUCAAGACGCUUCGUGAAGCGGACGAUGUCCACUGUCCACAGAAUUUUGUUUCAAAAUGGGGUUCUAUUGUCAAAGAUAUCAUUGAUAUUUCCAAAGACCAGCCUGUCUAUGACCCUCGCGGCUUAGAUCGAGCUGGAAUCCAUUAUCACAAGUUCCCCACAGUUUCGAAGAUACCUCCUCAGGCUCAGGAGGUUGAAGCUUUCAUUAAAUUAGUUGACGACCUCAGAGAAAAGCAGACUGCGCGCGCUACCGCUGAGAACUGGACCAAUCCCGAGCAGUGUGUUAUUGGAGUGCACUGCCAUUACGGCUUUAACCGCACGGGAUACUUUAUCGUAUGUUAUCUCGUUGAGCGGUGCGGAUUCGGCGUUAAGGAGGCUAUCGACACAUUUGCCAAAGCGAGGCCUAAUGGGAUCCGCCACUCGCACUUUCUGGAUCGGUUGUAUGUGCGAUACAAUGUUGACUCAGUUCCUCCCAGUCAGUCGUGA